AUGGCACGUCAACGGGCUCAUGUGCAGCCAUUCGCCGGCCGGAUUGGUGGAAAUCAGGAAUUAGUGCUUGAUCGUGAUGAUCCUCGAAGUGCCGAGAUUUUGGAGAAGGCCCCUGAUGCGGCCCCGCUUAUGACAGCCCGGGAAGGGCUCAGCUUACAAGGAUUCCUGAAUCUGGACUAUUGGAAAUUUGGACUCAUCGAAGGGAUAGGCAAGAGCAGUACUAUGCUAAAUGUUUUUGUAUCAUCAUGGCUGGCUAUACGCCCGAAUUCAGCGUCAGUCGUCCCAACUGGACCGGCUGGUGUUUUUGCAACGGCCAACUUUCUAGGCCCUCUGAUCGGCGGCUUCGGCAACUGGGUGUUCCUGACACUAUUUAUUUUUUCUUUCUCGAAUGUCAGCGGCAGUCACUUAAACCCGACUAUUACGAUGGCUACUUUCUUCGCUCGUCUGAUUUCAUUACCUCGAAUGGUCAUUUACAUCUUCAGUCAAACGGCAGGCGGCACUAUAGCAGGUCUCAUGCUUCGAGCAGCAUAUGGUACCCGCGAUUUCACCACCGGAGGAUGCUUCGUUGACACAAGCCUCGUGCCUGUAGAUGAUGCAUUUCUCCUUGAAUUCGUAUUCUGCCUUCUUCUUAUAUUUCUUUCGUUCGGUGUUGGUCUCGAUCCUAGACAGAGUACGGUAUAUGGCCCUGCUUUAUCCCCAUUCCUUGUCGGUAUGGUGCUUUUUGGCGUGAGCUUGGGCUCUUCAUUUACGCGGAUUGGAUAUGCUGGCGCGUCCGCUAACCCAGCACGCUGUUUUGGAGUCUAUGUCGCGACCUCCUUCCCCAGCUAUCACUGGAUACAUUGGGUCGGACCACUUGCUGCUUCUAUUGGUCACGGUAUUGUAUAUCUUGUUGUGCCUCCAUGGAAGGCUCAAGAGCUAUGA